AGCGGCGGAGCCCGCAACAUGGCGGCGUCUGCGGCGUCUGCGUCUGCGGCGCUCAGCUUCGGGCCCGAGCGGGAGGCCGAGCCGGCCAAGGAGGCGCGCGUCGUGGGCUCGGAGCUCGUGGACACGUACACGGUUUAUAUCAUACAGGUUACUGACGGCAACCAUGAGUGGACAGUCAAGCACCGUUACAGCGACUUUCAUGACCUACACGAAAAGCUUGUUGCAGAGAGAAAAAUUGACAAAACUCUACUUCCACCCAAAAAGAUAAUCGGAAAGAACUCCAGAAGCUUGGUAGAGAAGAGGGAGAAGGACCUGGAGGUGUACCUCCAGACUCUCCUGACCACCUUCCCCGAUGUGGCUCCCCGAGCUUUGGCCCUCUUCUUACAUUUCCACUUCUACGAAAUAAAUGGUAUCACUGCAGCACUGGCUGAAGAACUCUUUGACAAAGGAGAACAGCUUCUGGGAGCCGGCGAGGUCUUUGCCAUCAGGCCCUUGCAGCUCUAUGCUGUCACGGAGCAGCUGCAGCAAGGAAAGCCUACUUGUGCCAGCGGCGAUGCCAAGACUGAUCUUGGGCACAUCCUAGACUUCACCUGUCGCCUUAAGUAUCUUAAGGUUUCUGGCACAGAAGGACCUUUUGGGACCAGCAAUAUUCAGGAGCAGCUCCUGCCCUUUGACCUUUCCAUAUUCAAGUCUCUUCAUCAGGUGGAGAUAAGUCAUUGUGAUGCUAAGCAAAUCCGAGGACUGGUCACCUCCAAGCCAACUUUAGCCACAAUGAGUGUCAGAUUCUCAGCAACAUCUAUGAAGGAAGUCCUUGUUCCUGAAGCCUCAGAAUUUGAUGAGUGGGAGCCUGAAGGCGCAACCCUUGAAGGCACUGUGACUGCUGUCAUCCCUACGUGGCAAGCGUUGACCACUCUAGACCUGAGUCACAACAGCAUCUCUGAGAUCGACGAAUCUGUGAAACUGAUUCCAAAGAUUGAAUACCUGGACAUGAGUCACAACGGAGUACUAGUUGUGGACAAUCUACAGCACCUGUACAACCUUGUUCACCUUGACCUGUCCUACAACAAGCUCUCCUCCCUGGAAGGCGUGCACACCAAACUGGGCAAUGUCAAAACCCUAAACCUGGCAGGCAACUUCCUAGAGAGUCUGAGCGGCCUGCACAAACUCUACUCUCUGGUUAAUUUGGACCUCAGAGACAACAGGAUUGAGCAGUUGGAGGAGGUGAAGAGCAUAGGCAGCCUACCAUGUCUGGAGCGAGUGGCCUUGCUCAACAACCCUCUAAGCAUCAUCCCUGACUACCGGACCAAAGUGCUCUCCCAGUUCGGAGAACGAGCCUCUGAGGUCUGUCUCGAUGAUGCAGCGACCACAGAGAAAGAGCUGGACACCGUGGAAGUGCUGAAAGCCAUUCAGAAAGCCAAGGACGUCAAGUCCAAACUGAGCACCACAGAAAAGAAGGUUGAUGACCCCCGGCUCCCAGCUGCUCCCUGCGUCAGACCCAGCAGCUGCCCUCCCACUACAGCUCCCACCUCAGCCUCCCUGCCUCAGCCCAUCCUCUCCAACCAAGGAAUCAUGUUUGUACAGGAAGAGGCCCUGGCCAGCAGCGUGUCAUCCACUGACAGUCUACCCCCCGAGGACCGGCCCAUUGCCCAAGACUGCUCUGACUCAUUGGAAUCUAUCCCCACAGGACAGGUGGCUUCGGAAGACUUAAGGGAUGUACCAGGAGCUGUUGGUGGUGCAAGCCCAGAGCAUUCGGAGCCAGAGGUUCAGGUGGUGCCUGGGUCGGGCCAGAUCAUCUUCCUGCCUUUCACCUGCAUUGGCUACACGGCCACCAACCAGGACUUCAUCCAGCGCCUCAGCACGCUCAUCCGCCAGGCCAUUGAGCGGCAGCUCCCGGCCUGGAUUGAGGCCGCCAACCAGAGAGAGGGGGCCCAGGGCGAACAGGGCGAGGAAGAGGAAGAAGAGGAAGAAGAGGAGGAUGUUGCUGAAAACCGCUACUUUGAAAUGGGGCCCCCAGACACAGAGGAGGAGGAGGGCAGUGGCCAGGGAGAGGAGGACGAGGAGGAGGAGGAGGAGCGCCUGGCUCUGGAGUGGGCCCUGGGCGCUGACGAGGACUUCCUGCUGGAGCACAUCCGCAUCCUCAAGGUGCUGUGGUGCUUCUUGAUCCACGUGCAGGGCAGCAUCCGCCAGUUCGCUGCCUGCCUCGUGCUCACUGACUUCGGCAUCGCCGUCUUCGAGAUCCCACACCAAGAGUCACGAGGCAGCAGCCAGCACAUCCUCUCCUCCCUGCGUUUCGUCUUCUGCUUCCCACACGGCGACCUCACUGAGUUUGGCUUCCUCAUGCCGGAGCUGUGUCUGGUCCUCAAGGUGCGGCACAGUGAGAACACACUCUUCAUCAUCUCGGACGCUGCCAACUUGCAUGAGUUCCAUGCCGACCUGCGCUCCUGCUUCGCACCACAGCACAUGGCCAUGCUGUGCAGCCCCAUCCUCUACGGCAGCCACACCAGCCUGCAGGAGUUCCUGCGCCAGCUGCUCACCUUCUACAAGGUGGACGGUGGCUGUCAGGAGCGCAGCCAGGGCUGCUUCCCUGUCUACUUGGUCUACAGCGACAAGCGCAUGGUCCAGACGGCUGCGGGGGACUACUCAGGCAACAUCGAAUGGGCCAGCUGCACGCUCUGCUCGGCGGUGCGGCGCUCCUGCUGUGCGCCCUCUGAGGCCGUCAAGUCCGCCGCCAUCCCCUACUGGCUGCUGCUCACUCCCCAGCAUCUCAACGUCAUCAAGGCUGACUUCAACCCGAUGCCCAAUCGUGGCACCCACAACUGCCGCAACCGCAACAGCUUCAAGCUUAGCCGGGUACCGCUCUCCACGGUGCUGCUGGACCCCACUCGCAGCUGCACCCAGCCGCGGGGUGCCUUUGCUGACGGCCACGUGCUCGAGCUGCUGGUGGGCUACCGCUUUGUUACCGCCAUCUUUGUCCUGCCCCACGAGAAGUUCCACUUCCUGCGCAUCUACAAUCAGCUGCGGGCCUCACUGCAGGACCUGAAGACUAUCGUCAUCUCCAAGACCCCUGCAGCUGGGCCAAGAUCCCGAAGCCCCCUUGCGAAAGGCCAGUCUGCCAAGAGCAGGGCCAGUGGUGAGCAGCGACCACGCGUGGCUCCGGCUCCGGCUGCAGUCCCAGCAGAUGCCUUGGCUCCAGCUCCAGCUCCAGCGGAGGCCCAAGCAGAGGCUCCAGCUCCAGCGAAGGCUCCAUCUCCAGCGGAGGCUCCAGCUCCAUCUCCAGCGGAGGCUCCAGCUCCAGCGGAGGCUCCUUCUCCAGCGAAGACUCCAGCUCCAGCGGAGGCUCCGGCUCCAGCGGAGGCCCAAGCAGAGGCUCUAGCACAAGCUGAGGCCCCUGCCCAGUACCCAAGCGAGCGCCUGAUCCAGUCCACAUCUGAGGAGAAUCAGAUCCCCCCCCACUUGCCAGUCUGCCAGUCACUCCAGCACAUUGCCAGUCUUCGGGGACGUGCCAUCAUUGACCUCUUCCACAGCAGCAUUGCCGAGGUUGAGAACGAGGAGCUGAGGCAUCUGCUGUGGUCAUCAGUGGUGUUCUACCAGAGCCCGGGGCUGGAAGUGACGGCCUGUGUGCUGCUCUCCACCAAGGCUGUGUACUUCGUGCUGCAUGACGGCCUCCGCCGCUACUUCUCUGAACCACUACAGGAUUUCUGGCAUCAGAAAAACGCAGACUAUAACAACAGUCCUUUCCACAUCUCUCAGUGCUUUGUGUUCAAGCUCAGUGACCUGCAGUCAGUCAAUGUUGGCCUCUUUGACCAGUACUUCCGGCUGACGGGCUCCUCCCCGUCGCAGGUGGUCACAUGCUUGACCCGGGACAGCUACCUGACACACUCCUUCCUCCAGCACCUCAUGCUGGUGCUCUCCUCGCUGGAGCGCACACCCUCACCCGAGCCUGCUGACAAGGACUUCUACUCAGAAUUUGGGGACAAGAACACAGGAAAAAUGGAGAACUAUGAGCUGAUCCAUUCCAGCCGCGUCAAGUUCACCUACCCCAGUGAGGAAGAGGUUGGGGACCUGACCUAUAUCGUGGCACAGAAGAUGGCUGACCCUGAAAAGGCUCCCGCCCUCAGCAUCUUGUUGUAUGUACAGGCCUUCCAGGUGAUCACACCACAGCCUGGACGGAACAGGGGCCCACUGCGCCCCAAGACACUCUUGCUCACCAGUGCUGAGAUCUUCCUCCUGGAUGAGGACUACAUCCACUACCCAUUGCCUGAAUUUGCCAAAGAGCCACCACAGAGGGAUAGAUACCGGCUGGAUGAUGGCCGCCGCGUCCGCGAUUUGGACCGGGUGCUCAUGGGCUACCAGCCCUACCCACAGGCCCUUACUCUAGUGUUUGAUGACACGCAGGGUCACGACCUCAUGGGCAGUGUCACCCUGGACCACUUUGGGGAGAUGCCAGGUAAUCCCGGCAGGGCUGGCCAGGGCCGGGAGGUCCAGUGGCAGGUGUUUGUCCCCAGUGCCGAGAGCCGAGAAAAGCUCAUCUCACUGCUGGCACGGCAGUGGGAAGCCCUUUGCGGCAGGGAGCUGCCCGUGGAGCUCACCGGCUGAUGCACGCCACGGCAGCCCUGGCCGCCCGCCAUGCGCAGUCUAGUGUGGUAGGAAGCCUUGUGUGCGCUUUUUAAGUGUGUCCCCCCAGACUCCUUACAUCGAUUGCCCGCAGCCCCACACAGCUCCCACAGAGAAUGUGAACAUGUGUGUCGUCCUCUCUUCCUCAUGCUGGGAAGAGGUGUGCCAGCCCACAGGAGUGUCCUUGCCGUCAGCUCCCCCUGUGUUGCCUGCUUCUGAAGUGGCAUGGCCAGGCACACAGCGUUGUAUUGUCCGUGAUUGUGAUGCUGGUGUAACGCGUGGCUGGCGCUGUGAACCCGGUGACCUCCACGUCCCUCCCUGAAGUGUUGAGUCCAGUCCCUUGUUGCUCUUGCUGUCGUUGUGGGCGUUUUGCUGCUAAUUACGAAGCUGGUAGCAGAAUAUACAUUGGAAACUCCCGUUUUGUGGGCUUUUCCAAAAUGGAGGCCUCCUCGGGUCCAGACACGAGGAAGUCGUAUGGGGAGUUCCCAGGCCAUGGGGCCAAGAGGAGCCGGUACAGGGGACCUAGAGCUGCCAGCACCAAGCGUAAUUCCUGUUGCCUAUUUUCUCUAUUCUAAUAAAGCAGAGUUUGACACA